AUGGGCUUUUCGCCCGUGACGAUACACAUUGUUAUCGUCGUGGUGGAAAGCCUGCUUUUUGGUGCAUUUCUCGUCCUUUUUUGCGCGGCGGUAUACCUCAAGCUCACCCGUUCCAAUGGACCGCAAGGUCUGAAGAGCUUGCUGGCUUUUGCGACUGCUGCUCUCGCACUCACUUGUACCGGCCAUUGGAUCGCUAUAGUCGUCAACUUUGUUCGCGCUUUCCGAGGGCCGACUCCCGCUGAACACGCCAUUCAUUACUAUUCUACACACCCUCCGCCAGCAGUAUCCAUUCUUAUAUCCAUCUGGAUUGGGGACGGUAUCAUGAUACACCGACUAUGGGCUAUCUGGGGUCGGAAUCGAAUGAUCGUGGUUUUGCCCCUAUUGGCGUGGUGCGCGCUUUUGGGAAGCGGGACAGCUGGACUAGUCAGCUUAUACCAUGGACAGUCGUAUAAUCGCGCCACAACUACGGUCGGAUUAAUCUUGAAUACGGCAAUCAUCUUCUACUGCACUGCAUUUAUUGCUGGUCGCCUAUAUCACGGGCCUCACCAGGAUGCACGCACUUUGCACCAUCUGGCAGCAAUUGUUAUUGAGAGCGCGGUAAUCCUUGCCCUAUGGACUCUUUUCUAUGCAAUCACCCUGAAAGUCGGAAACGACCUCCGCCACCUCAGUGGCGCCCUCAUGCCGCAAGUUAUUGGCAUCUCGCACGUUCUCAUCUACCUCCGCAUCGCGCUCGGAUGGUCGCAGACUUCCGAGCGCAGUGUGACCAGCGACAUCGUCAUGACCAACCCUGCCUCAAUAAUCGAAGUAAACCUCACUGAUAUCAACACUUACGAUGUAGAAAGCGACGGUGGCCGCCUGGAAGGGGUGGCGGGCUCAGAGACAAAAUGA